AUGGCCAUGAUGCAAGAAGCACGCAGUACGGUCGAGCGCCUGGACAGACCGAGCGCCUACUUCAACAACAAGAAACGCCGCAGAGACAACCAUGGCCGUGGCGAGGACGAAGUCCCCGAUAAACCGCAGGCGAUCGACGACCCGCUAAGAAACGCGACGACUCUUUACGUCGGCAAUCUUUCGUUCUACACGACCGAGGAGCAGGUAUACGAGCUCUUUUCCAAGUGUGGCGAGAUCAAGCGUCUGGUCAUGGGCCUCGACCGCUUUAACAAGACGCCCUGCGGCUUCUGCUUCGUCGAGUACUACACGCACCAAGACGCGCUCGACUGCAUGAAGUACAUUGGCGGCACCAAGCUAGACGAGCGCAUCAUCCGCACCGAUCUGGACCCAGGCUUCGAGGAGGGCCGGCAGUACGGCCGUGGCCGGUCGGGUGGCCAGGUGCGCGACGAAUAUCGCGACGACUACGACGAGGGUCGCGGCGGCCUGGGACGUGCGCUGCAGGCCGAGCAGCGGGCCGAGCGCGAGCGCGAGCAGGAACGCGAGAACGAACGCCGUGAGCGUGACCAGCGCGAACGCGAGCGGGAACGGGGCGAGCGUGGUGGUGGCCGAGACAGGGACGGAGACCGGGACAGGGAUAACGGCUUUGACAUCCGGUGA